GUAGUCAUCAUGGAUUCUUCAGCUCCACGUGGUUCCUGGCCUCUCGGCAAAGUAUUGAAGGUUUUUCCGGACAAAAGGGGUCUUGUGCGCUCUGUCAAGCUGCAAACCAAGACCAACAUUAUUGUGCUGCAGUUGACUAUAAAACCAUGGCCAAGGACUGUGCUGUGGGGCGCUGGCUCUACUCCCUGCUGGAGGAUCAUGAUCGUUUUGGAGGAGAAGAACCUGCAGGGCUACAACCAAAAACUGCUUUCGUUUGAGAAAGGGGAGCACAAGUCAAAGGAAGUCAUGGACAUGAAUCCCAGGGGACAGCUUCCUUCCUUCAAACAUAAAAACUAUGUCCUGAAUGAUUCCUACGCUGCCUGCAUGUACCUGGAGAGCCAGUUUUCCCAGGGAAAAAAGCUGAUCCCUGACUGCCCAGCUGAGCAAGCAUUGAUGUACCAGCGCAUGUUUGAGUGUCUCGACUUCCACCAGAAAAUGGCGAUUGUUAUCUACUACAACUGGAUGGUCCCGGAGGCAGAGAGACACGACUCUGCUGUGAAGAGAAACAGAGAGGAUCUGAGUGCUGAGAUUAAGCUGUGGGAGGGAUACCUGCAGAAGGCCUCAGGCUCUUUUGUGGCAGGAAAGAACUUUUCUCUGGCGGAUGUGGUGUUUUUUCCAAGCGUCGCUUAUCUCUAUCGUUUUGGAUUUUGUGAAGAGCGUUACCCUAACCUGGCAGCAUACUAUAACUCUCUGAAGGACAGACCCAGCAUCAAAGCCAGCUGGCCUCCAACUUGGCUGGAGAACCCACAGGGACAGGAUCUACUGAAAGACCUCUGAGAUUCUUUCUCUUGUAUAAUUUGGCACCUCUCCUUGCGUUGCACUACUUUUAGCUGGCUGCAUAAUAUUUUUUAUUUUUUUUAUUUUUUGCUCUUACUGUGGAUGGUAAUUCCUUUUACAUGAUGCGUUUGUGUCUUG